AUGGUUUUUUGUCUCUUGCUGCUGCUGCUUCUGCCUAGGGCCAUCUGCAAGAUCCAAAUGUCCAUGUGCUUCAUGAAGAAACCCUUCCCGACUCACCCGGACUAUUAUAGGCAGGGAGACCACAUUAUUGGUGCGAUCCUCUCUCAGGUUAUUUCGAUGCUUGACCUGGAGUCCUUCCAGCAGCCUCCCCAUCCUUGGUACAUUAAGUACUUCAUGCUCCUGCCUAAGAACUACCAGCACAUCCUGGCCUUAGUGUUUGCCAUUAAUAAGAUCAACCAGGAUCCUGAGCUGUUAUCCAACAUCACACUGGGAUGCCGCAUCUAUGAGAGCUUUUUCAGUGCCAGGAAGACCUACGAGAGCUCUUUUACCCUGCUCUCCACCAGGAAUGGAAUGAUCCCAAAUUACAACUGUGACACCCAGGACAAGUUGUCAGCUGUCAUCGGGGGGCUUGGGUCUGAAACUUCCCUCCAGAUGGCAACCAUCUUAGGCAUCUACAAGAUCCCACAGACAGUGCCACGGUCCGUGUGCACUGAGAGCUGUCAUCCUGGAUACUUUAGGACAGUGCGGGAAGAGGAGCCACUUUGCUGCUAUAACUGUGCUCCAUGUCCAGAAGGGACCAUUUCAAACCAGACAGAUGCAGAUCAUUGUAAUAAGUGCCCAGAAGAUCAGUAUCCAAACAGGGACCAAGAUAAAUGCAUCCCCAAGAUUAUGGAUUUCCUUUCCUAUGAAGAACCUUUGGGUUUUAUUUUGGCUUCUUUUGCUCUUUUAUUUUCUCUUCUCACAGCGCUGGUGCUAGGAAUGUUUAUUAAGCACCGGGACACUCCCAUAGUGAGGGCCAACAACCGGGAGCUCAGCUAUGUUCUUCUCUUCUCCCUCCUGCUCUGCUUCCUCUGCAGCUUGGUAUUCAUUGGCCGACCUGGCCGGGUGACUUGCCUUCUCCGACAAAUGGCUUUUGGUGUCAUCUUCUCUGUCUCUGUUUCUUCCGUGCUGGCAAAAACCAUCACUGUAGUUCUGGCCUUCAAGGCCACGAAGCCAGAAGCCAGCAUGAGGAAGUGGCUGGGGAGAAGACUGCCCGGCUCCAUCGUCGUUUCCUGUUCCCUUAUCCAAGUUGGGAUCUGCGCUGUCUGGCUGGGAACCACUCCCCCAUUCCCAGACCUGGACAUGAAAUCAGAGGCUGGACACAUCUUAGUGCAAUGUAAUGAGGGGUCAAACACCGCCUUCUACUGUGUCCUGGGCUACAUGGGCUUCCUGGCCAUUGUCAGCUUCACGGUUGCUUUCCUAGCCAGGAAGCUGCCUGAUACUUUCAAUGAGGCCAAGUUCAUCACCUUCAGCAUGUUGGUGUUUUGCAGCGUGUGGGUCUCCUUCAUCCCCACUUACCUGAGCACCAAGGGGAAAUACAUGGUGGCUGUGGAGAUCUUCUCUAUCUUGGCCUCUAGCGCUGGGCUAUUGGGCUGCAUCUUUAUCCCCAAAUGCUACAUCAUUGUGCUGAGGCCUGAACUGAACACCAGGGAGCAGCUAGUUAUGAAAUCCAAAUCUGGGACUCAAGAAUUAUGA